ACAUUUAGCUUAAAUUAACUCUAAUUUACCAAUAAAAAUGAGCUUUAUUGGUGUAAAUGAGCGGUUUCAUGUUAAAUAGACUAAUCUCUGUUGCAGUCAGGGAGAUUUAAAUGGAGCGCAUUCCUGCACAGAGCUCAGAGCGGAGGGACGAGCAGAGCAGCGGCGAAGCCCACACCGCAACGCCUAUCUCCGGGGCUCGGAGCUCACCUCAAAACCUACAGCUCAGUGGAGGUGGAGGAAGUCCUAGGUGUCUCCCGAACACGGCGGUUAUAUGUGCAGCAGCCUCGGCUGAGGGGGUUACGGUCGUGCCUGUGUGUGUGGGUGCCUGUUCUCGGACUGUGUGCGACGCGAUGUCGGAGUUUCUGGUGAGUCUGCUCGGGGAGCGGCUCGUCAACAGCGAGAAAGCCGAGGUGGACGUGCAGUCUCUGGGCGCCAGGCUCUCCCUGGUCGGGCUCUUCUUCGGGUGCAGCAUGAACGCCCCGUGCAAGCAGUUCAACGGCAGCCUGUGCGAGUUUUACAGCCGCUUCAAAAAGGCGUCCGAGCAUAAGGACAAGCUGGAAAUCGUCUUCGUCUCGUCUGAUCAGGACCAGAAACACUGGCAGGACUUUUUGCAGGAGAUGCCGUGGCCUGCGUUACCUUUCAAAGACAGACACAAAAAGAUGAAGCUGUGGAACAAGUACAAGGUAACCAGCAUCCCUUCUCUGGUGUUCGUGGAUGCAACUACAGGAAAAGUGGUGUGUCGAAACGGUCUCCUGGUGGUCAGAGACGACCCUAAAGGCUUGGAGUUCCCCUGGGGGCCAAAGCCCUUUGCAGAGGUGGUGGCGGGGCCUCUGCUCAGGAACAACAGGCAGACAGCAGACAGCAGCUCUCUGGAGGGACACUACGUGGGAGUAUAUUUCUCAGCACACUGGUGUCCGCCAUGCCGCAGUUUGACCCGGGUCCUGGUGGAAUCAUAUCGAAUCAUAAAAGAGUCGGGUCACAAGUUUGAGAUAGUCUUCAUCAGCGCCGACAGGUCAGAAGAGUCGUUUAAGCAGUAUUUCAGCGAGAUGCCGUGGUUGGCGGUUCCAUAUUCAGACGAGGCUCGGAGAUCUCGACUCAACAGACUUUAUGGAAUCCAAGGUAUUCCCACGCUGAUUCUGCUGGACGCAGACGGUCACGUCAUCACGCGACAGGGCCGCGUGGAGGUGCUGAAUGACCCGGAGUGCAGGCUCUUCCCGUGGCACCCCCGACCCGUGCUCGAGCUGAGCGAGGCCAACGCCGUGCAGCUCCACGAGGGCCCCUGCCUCGUCCUGUUUGUGGAUGCUGAAGAAGAAGGUGAACUGGAACCUGCCAAGGAGUUGAUUCAGCCAAUAGCAGAGAAGCUCAUGACCAAGUAUAAAGCUAAGGAGGAGGAGACGCCACUGUUAUUCUUUGUUGCUGGAGAGGACGACAUGAGCGACUCGCUGCGGGAUUACACCAACCUCCCGGAGGCUGCCCCUCUGCUCACCAUCCUGGACAUGUCGGCUCGUGCAAAGUACGUUCGCGACGUGGAAGAGAUCACACCGGCCGUCGUGGAGCAAUUUGUUAAUGAGUUCCUGGCCGAAAAGCUCAAACCGGAACCCAUCUAAAGAGAGGCUUCGAGCAGGAAAUAGACAUGCUGGAUAAGACUCAACCCAACCCAGAUCUGUUCACACGCCCCUCUUAGUCUCUCGUGCUCUCAUUCAUCUCCACUCCUGACUGUUAGAUUUGACACUUCAAAAAAUUUUUUUUAGACCUUUUCCUCUUUUCAUGGAGUCCUUUCUUUCUCCCGUGGUGCCUUGCAUAGUCCAUACAGUAAUAUAUGAGGAAAUUCUGUUUUUUGUCUGUUUUUUUAUACACACAAUAGCACUUCUGAGAUGUAGAGCCAACCUGAGGAUCACCCAGUGGACCUACUUAUUAAAGCUGACGCUUUGCUUUCUGUUUUCACUGCAAGAUCUGUGUGGCUUUUGGUUUCUGAAUGACGCUGAAAAAGACUGAAACGCAGUUAAGCAUUACUUCACCUGUAUAGCAGAGGGUCAGUUGGAUGUAGCUGUAAACCUAUUUAAAUAAAACCAUGAUGGGUGCACACACAGUAAACGACACGCAGCUUGGUUGUAACUGACUGCCAGAUGACUUAAACCCAUGCUGUGUGGAGUGCGUCACCAGAUUGUAAUGGUGGUUUCAUCUCAAAGUUGUUUUGAGGAUUUUCUGUGAAGGUCCCCGAAUGAAAAAGGUCAGGGUGUUUCUGCGGCCACAAAAAAAAAGGCAUUUUUGAGAAGUGUCGAAUGUAUAAACUCUUAUACUCUUGUUACUUCAGUCAUGACUUCUCUAACACAUUAAAAACUCACUGGCAAGCACAAA